ACCAAAAAUUAUACUAUUCUUUCCUCUUCUUUAUUAGUACUUCACAGAAAGCUCAUGAAAAUAGAGAUACUCUCUCUUUCUUGCAUUUGUUUUACCCAUUGAUUUGCAAUCUCAUGCGUCAAACUAAAAUCUCGGAUUCUGUUUCCACAGAUCCACAGUGAAGUAGAAACUGUAUAAAAAAGAUCACUUCUUUUUCUUUCUUUCUCAUUUAUAAUGAUGUCUGAAUCUCAGAACUAAAUUCCCAGUUCAAGAUAUUGGUUCUGCUGCUAAAUCUUGAUUGGGUUUCGCUUGUUGCUCUGUUUUCUGUGUUCUUCUGUGGAAUUCUGAGCUUCUGCUAAGAGACAAUGGCUCCAAACUCGGUGGUUGUAACUAUGGAGAAGCCAAACAAUUUCUCUAUAGUAGAAUUCAAUGCCACAGAUCCAUCUUUGUUUCCUGAGAAACGAAAGGCUGUGAGCCCCAAGCAAUUCACAUGGGUUCUUCUCCUCAAAGCUUAUAAAGCUCUCACUUGCGUUUCUUGGUUGGCAAUGGCUUUUAAAGCCACGUUCAUUUCAAUCAAGAAACGCACAGCUUUGUCUGAAAUGAGACAAGAUGAGCCAAGAAACAGAGGAAGGUUGUACAGAUUUAUCAAAGCAUUUCUUGUCAUAUCAAUAGUAGCUUUGGUGAUUGAAAUCAUUGCUCAUUUCAAGAAAUGGAACUUGAAUCUGAAAAAUCCAUGGGAGAUUCAGGGUCUAGUGCAAUGGUCUUACAUGGCUUGGUUAUCAUUUAGAGUUGAUUACAUUGCUCCUCUGGUGAUUACUCUGUCCAAAUUCUGUACUGUCCUGUUUCUGAUCCAAUCUCUCGACCGCCUAGUUCUUUGUCUUGGAUGUUUCUGGAUUAAGUACAAGAAGUUGAAGCCUGAGAUAAAUGUUGACGCUUAUGACGUUGAAGAUCCUUCAAGUUUUCCAAUGGUUCUUGUUCAGAUUCCAAUGUGCAAUGAGAGAGAGGUCUACGCACAAUCCAUUUCUGCAGCCUGUCAGCUUGAUUGGCCAAGGGACAGAUUGUUAAUCCAAGUCCUAGAUGAUUCAGAUGAUGGAACUGUGCAGCUCCUAAUCCAAGAUGAAGUUUCUUCCUGGCGUCAGAAAGGGAUCAACAUAAUCUACAGACACAGAUUGAUCAGGACAGGAUACAAAGCUGGUAACCUUAAAUCAGCUAUGAACUGUGACUAUGUUAAGGACUAUGAAUUCGUCGCGAUAUUCGAUGCAGAUUUCCAGCCAAACCCGGAUUUCCUCAAGCAAACAAUUCCUCACUUCAAGGGGAAUCCUAAACUGGGUCUAGUUCAGGCUCGCUGGUCUUUUGUGAACAAAGAUGAGAACUUGCUGACAAGGCUCCAAAACAUCAAUCUGUGCUUCCAUUUUGAAGUGGAACAGCAAGUAAAUGGUGCUUUUCUCAAUUUCUUUGGCUUCAAUGGAACAGCAGGUGUGUGGAGAAUCAAAGCAUUAGAGGAUUCAGGAGGAUGGCUUGAAAGGACAACAGUUGAAGAUAUGGACAUUGCUGUAAGAGCACACUUAAAUGGAUGGAAAUUCAUCUUCCUCAAUGAUGUAAAAGUCCUCUGCGAGCUGCCGGAAUCUUAUGAAGCUUAUAAGAAACAGCAGCAUCGCUGGCAUUCUGGUCCUAUGCAACUGUUUCGCUUGUGCCUUCCUGCUAUAAUCACUUCCAAGAUAUCAAAGUGGAAGAAAUCCAACCUUAUAUUUCUUUUCUUUCUAUUGAGGAAACUCAUACUGCCAUUCUACUCAUUUACACUCUUCUGUAUCAUUCUUCCAUUAACAAUGUUCAUACCUGAGGCAGAGCUACCUCUUUGGGUGAUUUGUUACAUACCCAUUUUCAUGUCCUUCUUAAACAUCCUCCCUGCCCCAAAAUCUUUCCCUUUCUUGGUCCCAUACCUUCUCUUUGAAAACACCAUGUCUGUAACAAAGUUCAAUGCAAUGAUCUCAGGGCUAUUUCAGCUUGGAAGUGCUUAUGAAUGGAUUGUAACAAAGAAGACAGGAAGAUCAUCAGAGUCUGAUUUAUUAGCUUUUGCUGAAAGAGAAUCAAAAUCUUCAAAUGAAGAGAAAAUCUUAAGGAGACACUCAGAAUCUGGUUUGACUUUGUUAAGUAAACUUCAGGAACAAGAAGCAGCUCCAGUUAAAAAGAGAAAUAGGCUUUAUAGGAAAGAGCUUGCUCUUGCUUUUCUUCUGCUAACUGCUGCUGCAAGAAGCUUGUUGUCUGCUCAUGGAGUUCAUUUCUACUACUUGCUGUUCCAGGGUGUAUCUUUUCUAGUUGUUGGCUUGGAUUUGAUUGGUGAGCAGGUAAGCUGAGGAGAAGCUAAGAUUAAAAUUAAAGGAUUUUGGUGUUUAUAAAGAAUGAGAAGCAAAAGAAAAGAAAAGGAAAAAAAAACUUACAGUUCUUUUGAAACCAACUUUCAGUGGAACUGGUUUACUUCACAGAUAGAAGAAGAUAUAAUGCACUACUGGAAUUUACUAGGCAAAAGUUGAGUUUGUACAAUAUUCAAUUGUGGUAUCUAUGUUUGAAUAAUUCUAUGAGGAGCCAAUAUAGAGAUUAUAAUAUUUUUUUUAAAAAAUUUUUC